CCCGCCCCUGUUCGUUGUGCGUCAUUGGUCUCUUUCCGGUCAAGAUGGCGCCCCCCAUACCGCUUUUGGCAGUCAGAGGAUCUGAUGGCAUCCACUUGGUCAACGGACACCCUAAGUUUACAGACUCGGAAACCUUUCCAAGGGACCCCAGUAAAAACUGCAAGGUGUCUACUUUCAGCAGGGAUGGAAAGCUGUUUGGAUGGUGCAAUGGAGAAGCAGUAAAUAUAGUGAGCACUGCUGACAGCAAGUUACUGCAUACCUUUGAUCUGCCCAAGGUAAUUGGCCUUGAAUUCUCUCCAAAGAACACAAUUGUGGCAACAUGGCAGACCUACACAACUGGCAAAGACGGCACAGCCGGAGUGCCCAACCUGCAACUCUACGACCUAAAGACUGGAAAUUGUGUGAAAUCCUUUAUCCAGAAAAAUAUGCAGAACUGGUGUCCUCAUUGGGCCGACGAUGAAAGCAUAUGUGCUAGAAAUGUAAACAAUGAAGUGCACUUCUUUGAGAAAAACGUUUUUGAUACCAUUGCAAACAAACUGCACUUACAGAAAGUGAGCGAUUUUGUGUUGUCACCAGGAGAGCAUCCCUGCAAGGUAGCAGUGUACGUUCCUGGAAGCAAAGGGGCCCCAUCAUUUGUCAGGCUCUACCAGUACCCCAACUUUAGUGGCCCCCACUCAGCCCUGGCCAACAAAAGUUUCUUUAAAGCGGACAGAGUAACUAUGCUUUGGAACGCGAAAGCUACUGCAGUACUGGUCACCGCCAGCACAGAUGUGGACAAAACCGGGGCUUCCUACUACGGAGAGCAGACUCUUCAUUACAUUGCGGUAAAUGGAGAAAGCGCUGUGGUGCAGCUACCAAAAAAUGGCCCCAUUUAUGACGUUGUAUGGAACCGAAACGCAACAGAAUUUUGUGUUGUAUAUGGCUUCAUGCCAGCCAAAGCGACCGUUUUUAACCUCAAAUGUGACCCAAUAUUCGAUUUUGGAACUGGCCCACGAAAUGCUGCAUUCUAUAGCCCUCAUGGACACAUUCUGGUGCUGGCUGGUUUCGGCAAUUUGAGAGGACAAAUGGAAGUUUGGGAUGUUAAAAAUUAUAAACUCAUUUCUAAGCCUACAGCCUCAGAUGCUACCUUCUUUUCUUGGUGCCCAAACGGGGAGCAUAUUGUCACUGCCACCUGCUCCCCAAGAUUGCGUGUUGGGAAUGGAUACAAGAUAUGGCACUAUACCGGUACACUACUUCAUAAAUAUGACGUCCCCGCCAACACUGAACUGUGGCAAGUGUCCUGGCAGCCUUUUUCAUCAGGUGUCUUUCCAGCAAAGGCGAUUGUUUACCAAGCAGUACCCGGUGACAUCCCAACAGAAGAACCUAAACCAGCGCAGGCGUACAGACCUCCAGCACUAAGGAACAAGCCAGUGACUAGUUACAAGUUGCAUGAAGAUGAGCCUCCCCAAAGCAUGAAACCCCAAUCCACAGAAAAAACAGUGUCAAAAACUGCUUUGAAGAACCAAAAGAAAAGGGAGGCAAAGAAGGCAGCCAAGCAGGAGGCCAAGGCCGACGAACCAGCUGCACCAGUAUUGCAGAGUGCCCAAAAUGACGUUCCUGCUGCUUUGGCGACGGCACCAACAACGGGGGACCCAGAAACGGAUAAAAAACUAAAGAAUCUGAAAAAGAAACUAAAAGCAAUCGAACAGCUGAAGGAACUGCAAGCAUCUGGUAAACCACUGGAAAAAAACCAGAUGGAGAAAAUACAGAAGGAAGACGCGCUCCUAAAAGAGAUUGAAGAGCUGGAACUCGGUGUUUAAUACUACCCUGAUGUCAUUAAAGUCAAUGACUAAAA